AUGACUUCAACCUCUGCACCUUCAUCCAAAAAAAGAAGUUCUUUAAGUGCUUUGCAAAAAAAAGAACUAUUUUCAGUAAUUUUAUCAGAAUCAAACAAAUGGCUUUCUGUUGAUGAAACUGUUUCAACUUCUCAAUUUAAAAAGAAUCAGCAAGCAAAUUGGCCACAAUUAGAAGAAACUCUAGCAAUCUGGUUUGAUGAAGCUAAAAAACAUAACUAA